AAAUACACGGAGUGGAUAACGGAACCGCAAUGACCACUUCCAUUGUUGAAGUUAUACAACAUUAUCAGCGUAGCAUUGAUAAUAGCCAAGACAAUGAGGCCAGGCUACUUCACUGUAUCAAUAAACUAUACAAAUUACCAAUUAAAGUCGAACAUCUCCAGGAAACGGGAGUGGGAAAAACAGUCAAUUCGCUGAGGAAAUUCAAUGGAGAAAUUGGUGUGGCAGCAAAAACCUUGGUAACAAAAUGGAAAGCUAUGGUGGCAGCCGAAGAAGAACCCAUGGACACAACAUCCCAAACAUAUGAAAAUGAUACGCAACACCAUAAUGACAACGAUGAGCCGGAUCCAUCGCCAAAUGAUAAUAUGCAUAUAGAUGAGGAUGAAAAUCGUAAUAGUCACAGUGGCAGUCGACAUUCAAAUCAUUCCGAGAAGGAAAAACACAAAGAUAGAAGUCAUAGUAGUAGUAGCAGUAGUCAUAAUAAUACACCACACAAGGAAUCGUCUAGCAAACAUUCAUCUUCGAAACACUCAAAUGAACACAAGUCAUCAUCCUCAUCAUCUUCAUCGAAACGGGAUAAAGAAAGUCACCACAAAAGCAGUAGUAAAGAUAAGGAAAAAGGCGGCGAACACAAGUCCAGAGAUAAACACAAGGAUAAACAUCAUGAAAAGGAUCGAGAGCACAGUGAGAAGCGUAAAGAAGAAAAACAGAAAUCGGAUAAAGAAAUAUCCAAUCACAAAGACAGUAGUAGUAAGGAGGAACACAAACACAAAUCUUCCUCCAAAGAGAGAGACAGCAGCGAAAAGGAGAAGCACAAAGAACGAUCUGAGAAGCAUCAUAAAAGUUCCUCCAAGGAUAAACACAAGGAAAAGGAUAAAAACAAAGAAAAGAAUAAAGAAGAAAAACAAGCAUCGUCAUCCUCAUCAAAAGACAAACAUAAAUCAUCAUCAUCGCCAUCUAGCACCAAAGACUCAACUCAAGAAUGUCGGAAACGACACAAUUCCGAUACUGAAUCGAGUGAUUUUAAAUCACCACUGCCCAAAAUUGCCAAAACAUCACAUAAAAGCUCGGGCAAAUUGGUUGAAAAUGGAUCUUCACCUCCACAAGAUGCCAAUGAAGGCGAGGAGGAGGAUGGUUUCGAUUCAACCAUGGGCACGAAUUUCGAUGAUAUUUUAGGCAUGUUAGAUAAACCGGUUAAGAAAAGUAAGAAAUCCAAUAAAACCUCAACACCCGGCAGCAGUUGUAGUAGUGGUGGUGGUGGCAGUUCCAAAGAAUCUCCUCCCAAACCUUCAACAAGUAGUCAAAGGAAAAAUGAUCUAUUGGCUUCGUCGGCAAAAUUGGAACCUUUGGAUCCCAGCAUUGCCUUAGAACUGCCCACAAUAUCAACAAAUUAUCGACCAAUGCCAUUGAAUCAAACUGUAAUGGAUUGUGUGUUUAAUACCUCAUCAAGUUCAUCAUCUAGACCUCCUGUGCGCACCAUGAGCGAUGCCGAUGCUUUACAGCAUGGCAUUUCCUCAAAGACCAUAAGAACAAAAAUUUAUUCUGGUACCAAAACUGGUCAAAUAUAUCAAGUGCCCUCGCUGUUUGAUAUGUGUAUAAGGAUUCUGCAAAAGAAUAUUGAUGCUUUGGAAUACACUGGUGGUGUACCAUUUGAAGUUUUGCGUCCAGUAUUGGAAAGAGCCACACCCCAACAGCUAUUCAUAUUUGAAGAUUACAAUCCGUAUUUAAUGGAGGAUAGUGAUGUUCUAUGGCAGAUUCAUGUAUCGCGUAAUUAUCGCACACAGAAACGUCUGGAAAAUGAAUCGUGGAGGGAAAUGUUUAUGCGUUGCCAAGAAGAAGAGGAAAGACGUUUAAGUUUUCUCAAGGAUAGCAUUAAGGCAUCACAAAAAAUUGCCGCCGCUCCUGUGCGAAAAACACAAUUGGCAUUUGUUGACUCAAUGGUUAAGCCGCCAAGGAAUGUUCAACGUAAACAGGAACAAUAUGGCACAAAAUCAAAAAUGGUUGCAACACCGGCAGCCCGCGUGGCGGCUCUGCAAAGUGUUACGCCCAAUGCAGCUAAGACCGGAGACCAACGUUUAAAAGUUCCAUCAACGGUUAGGGAUCAUGCUCAAGUUUCACAUUCUUCAGUGCGACCCAAAAAGGCACCGCUAAUGCAGAAAACGUUGGCUUUUAUGCGCGGACGACUUAAACGCUAAGA